AGGACUCGGACACGUCAUCACAUCCGCAGCACUGGGUGCAGACUCUGACUUCCUAGUCUAACAAGCAGUGGUAGUGGUAGCUGUUAAUUCACUAGAAGCGGAAAAGACGCCUAUAAAGGGAUUAUCAUAAGGGACAACAUCAUGGGUGGCUUUUUCUCUAGCAUUUUCAGCAGUUUGUUUGGUACACGUGAAAUGAGGAUAUUGAUUCUGGGCUUGGAUGGAGCAGGAAAGACAACAAUUCUCUACAGACUGCAAGUUGGAGAAGUAGUUACUACCAUUCCUACAAUUGGCUUUAAUGUUGAAACUGUGACGUAUAAGAACCUUAAAUUCCAGGUGUGGGAUCUGGGCGGACAGACUAGUAUCAGGCCAUACUGGCGUUGUUACUAUUCGAACACAGAUGCAGUGAUUUACGUAGUAGACAGUUGUGACAGAGACAGAAUUGGAAUCUCAAAGUCUGAACUAGUUGCUAUGUUAGAGGAAGAAGAGUUGAAGAAAGCUAUCUUAGUGGUGUUUGCCAAUAAACAGGAUAUGGAAUUGGCCAUGACUCCUACAGAGGUGGCAAAUUCAUUAGGACUGCCUGCCCUGAAGGAAAAAAAGUGGCAGAUUUUCAAAACGUCUGCAACUAAAGGCACUGGCUUGGAUGAAGCUAUGGAAUGGUUAGUGGAAGCCCUGAAGAGCAGACAGUGAAAAUCAAAUGAUUCUGAAAAAAAAAAAAAAAAAAAAAAAAAAGACUGCAGUGACUCCGUUGAAGGCUAGAUAUUAAAAACCCUAAAACCAUGCUUUAUAAGCAGAACUCCAGAUGGGUAUUAAUAUUGAAUCUGCUUUGCUUGGUACCACAUUUUUGGGCCUUGUAUGAAAAUACAAAUCCUUAGAACUGCAGUACUAGUAAUCAGUUUCAGAAUGUUAUUAAACAAUUUGGAGACUUGGGAAACAGGAUUUCACAGGAGCUGAAGUUAUACCCACUUGAACCCAGUAGUAUGCUACUCCACAGCUGUUCCUUGUUGUCCUGUGCAGCAAUUUUUGAGUGAAUUAACCUGUAUUUAUUAAAAUUUUUGUUUUGUAAUUGGACAUGGGUCUGUUUUUGUGAUAUCUUUUUCUUCUUUUUUUAAACAUUUUGACAGAAUAUUUACUUGUUGAUUUGACAAAAUUAAUUUUUCUUUAUUUUGUAAGGUGACACUAAUAAACUUGAUUAUUUAAGUAA